AAAAAAACAUGAAGUUAUUCCGUUUACUUAUGAUCUUGCUCGCGUUAACAACAUCAUCAACAGCGGUCCCGUAUUACGCCAAACGAGGAUGCAACGAUACGUGCGGGCAAGUGAGGAUUCCAUACCCUUUCGGAAUCGGAAAAAACUGUUCCGUGAAUAGAUGGUACACAGUUGACUGCAACUCCUCCACACCAUAUCUAUCUGCACUCAACGAUCUGGAGGUAUUGCACAUAAACUUGGAUAACCAAACAGUAACUGUUAAUGUCUCAAUGAUCUCUGAUUGCCAGAAUCCAGUCCGGAAUAGCAGCCAAAUCUUGAACGUCAACCUUGAUGGGAGUCCGUUUCUGUUUUCCCGACGUUACAACAAAUUUGUUGUGCAGGGAUGUGGUAACGCUGUCAUCCUGGACGAAGGGAGUGUCGUCACAGGGUGUUCAACGACUUGUCGCGAUGAUUUCGUUAGCGAAAAUAUAAGCAACUGUGUUGGCAUCAAUUGUUGCCAAACAAUAGUCCCUUAUAAUCUGAAGUCGUAUAGCUUGAAUCUGACGAGUUUAGAAAGGCAGGUGGGGGGAGAUGCAGUUUGUGGGUGGGCCUUCUUGAUGGAUGAGAAUUCACAAGUCCGGUCUCUUGCGAAGAACAUCUCUCAUGUUCCAAUAUCACUUUUGUGGACCCUAACAGACAGUGACUUCUAUCUAAUUGAUUGUUGUUAUACAAUUGAUAAUGUCAAAGUGGAUGUUGGCAAUGGUAAAUCAGUUAUGUCGUUUAAAUGCCGCAGUUUUCCCGGUUAUUAUGAAGGAAAUUAUUAUAUAGGAAAUGGAUGUGAUGGUAUGGAAGUAUAUUUUCUCUUAUAUGAUGUGCUUUUAGUUAGCCCAGAACUUCAAAAGUGUAGAUCCAAUGGCGGUAGCUAUUACAGUAACAAUACAGAAUAUAAUGAAGAUGGCUUGGUUAGCAACCGAAACUGGAUAUGUAUGUACUCGGCAUUAGUAGUUGAAGAAAAACAGUCUCGGGUUGUUAUUCUAGGUGUCAGCAUAAGCAUGGGUGUACUUCUUCUUGCGGCAAUGAGCUAUGUACUGUACAAAGUGAUCAAGAAAACAAAAGCAAGGAGAAGGAGAAAGAGGUUCUUUAAACGUAAUGGUGGUUUACUUCUAAAACAACAAGAGGAAGCUGACCCCUCUUUCUUUGAUAAAACCAUACUUUUUACAUCACGUGAGUUGGAGAAGGCCACAGACUAUUUCAACGAGAAUAGGAUUCUUGGUCGAGGAGGUCAAGGUACGGUCUACAAAGGUAUGUUAAUAGACGGAAGAAUUGUGGCAGUCAAGAAAUCAAAGGUAGUUGAUGAAAGCCAACUAGAGCAGUUCAUCAAUGAGGUGGUCAUUCUAUCGCAAGUCAAUCAUCGCAACGUGGUCAAACUGUUGGGAUGUUGCUUGGAGACGGAAGUCCCUCUACUUGUUUCUGAAUUCAUUUCAAAUGGGACCUUGUAUGAUCAUCUUCACAAUGAGACCAAUGACUCCCCAAUUUCUUUGAACAUGAGACUACAAAUUGCUACAGAGGUUGCAGGAGCCGUAUCUUACCUACAUUCAGCAACUUCCAUUCCAAUAUACCACAGGGACAUCAAAACCACUAAUAUACUUUUGGAUGAUAAACACAGAGCCAAAGUUUCCGACUUUGGAACUUCAAGGUUCGUAUCAAUAGAUCAAACUCAUCUCACUACCUUAGUCACAGGUACAUUUGGCUACCUAGAUCCUGAGUACUUCCAGUCUAGUCAGUUCACUGAAAAGAGUGAUGUCUAUAGUUUUGGAGUUGUCUUGGUUGAACUCUUGACGGGUGAGAUGCCGAUUUCCCUAACCAGAUUUGGUGAAAACAGAAGUUUGGCUACGCACUUUCUAUUGGCUAUGGAAGAAGGUCGUGUCAUGUCUAUUAUUGAGGCACUGGUAAUUAAGGAGGGUACAAGGGAUGAGAUAUUGACAGUAGCUAACGUGGCUAUGCGAUGCUUGAAUUUGAAUGGAAAAAAUAGGCCAACAAUGAAAGAAGUUGUUGCAGAGUUAGAAACCAUCCGAGCGUCUCACGCACCAUCAAUGGUUCUAACAGAUUUCCAACAAGUGAUGCAGGCACAGGAAUUACAGAUGAUAACUUAUGGUGAGUCCACGUCAACGUUCACGAGUGUCGAAGAUAACUAUAGUCAAUAA